AUGGGAGCUGGAGAGCUUGUGUUCUUUAAAUCACCAACAUCUACGGCUGCCAAAAACAGCGAUUUGUCUCCAAAACCUCAGAACGGUGGUGACUCAUACACAAUUGUCGUUCAGAAAGAUGAUGACUUGAACGGAGAUGGCUAUGCAUGCCCCGACCAUGACGCGUUGUACGAUGUGUCAAUGGAUCCUGAGGACAGGACGGCGGUCUUUGACCUGGCCAUGUCACAGGACAGCGAUGACGGCGGCCUCCUCGACUGGGACGCCCUUGCAGGCAAGCACCGGUACAAGUGCUGCGGCUGCGACUGGUCCUGCUGCCCUUGCUGCUCCUGCGUGGCGCCCGAGUGGUGGUAUGCCUACGGCCGGCGGCAGCGCUCUUUCCUGCAGACCUGCAUCUGCUUGGGAGUGGUGGCUGUUGUCAUAGGUGGCGGCCUGGCAGUGAUGCUGUGGGCCCUGCUGACAGCGCAGCAUGAACCGAGCGGCAAGGAGCGCUGA